AUGGCAAUGCGGAAGGGCCUGACAGCUGAAGCUCGCAACAAGUUGGUGAUCACCUCAGUUGCCUUUCAAGACCACAUCACACGCACCCUGCUGCAUCCAGAUUUCUCACUUUCUGACCCUUUGCUGAGAUGCAAAAGAGGAGCACCCAGAAAUCCUCAAGCAAGAGGAAGAACGGAAGAAAGGGGUCUGCAGAGACAAGAUCAGCAAGAGGAGAGAGAAUAUGUGCUUGAUUCUGCUCCACGUCCUUUAACUUUAGCUCAGAAGUUAGGUUUGGUGAACUCCCCUGCAGGAAGACUGACAGAAGACGAAUGGACACAUGUCAAGGCGAGGUCUGUUCAGCAAGGGGAAUCAGCUCUGCCCUGUGCAAUAUGCAGGGAGGAGUUUCUCCUUCAGCCUCAGGUGCUGCUGUCUUGUUCUCAUGUUUUCCAUAGAGCAUGUUUGCAGGCCUUUGAGAGGUUUUCUGGGAGGAAAUGCUGCCCAAUGUGCAGAAAGGAGCAGUAUGAGACACGGGUGAUCCACGAUGCAGCUCACCUCUUCAGACACCAGUGUGCCACCAGAAUUCAAGCAUGCUGGCGAGGCUAUGCUGCUCGAAAAAAGUACAGAAAACUGAGAAAAUCCAACUGCCCAAAAGACAAACGGCUACGACGCAAAUUCUUUGAAGCAAAGUUGCAGGAGUUGAAUGACAGCUUUGUCCGAUACUGUCACACCGACACGGAGGCUUUUCUGAGUGAUAUCAACCGCUCGCUGUCAUCAAGCAGACGAGUGUUCCAGCAGCUGGAGAGAAAGCACGUCUCCGAACCUCGGGAGAACGACUGGGACCGAAUACAGAGGCAGGUUAUCCAGAGAGGUGCCUGGGACUGCCCCAUCUGCCUGACUGCACUGUGCAGCCCAAGUCCUCCGACAGUUGCAGAUACCCCCAGCCAUGGACAACACAGACGCACUGUUCUUCUGUCCUGUUCCCACCUCUUCCACCAGCUCUGCCUGGAGGCCUUCGAGGCCUUUACAGUAGAGAGCAGACCAUCCUGUCCUCUCUGCAGAUCUGCCUACCACAAAAAACUCAUCUAA